AUGGCCAAAAUCAAGUGGGUGUCUGACUCUGGUUCGGACAUUAAAAAGCGAACGGCCUUCAGCAUUAAGUAUGCUGACGUGGUGGAGGCCGCCUUCAACUUCUUUGUGACUGCUCAGAAUAUUGUGUCUAAGGCCAACACAUGGGUGCGUGAGGACUUGACGUCAGUUGUCGCGGUGCGCAUGCGGGACUCCAGUGGCCACGUUGACUUCCGGGUUCGGUCAGGUGUCGUCCGAGCCGCUCUCGUCUGGCUCCGCGAGAACAACCCUCACUACGCCAACAUUGACCUGAACGAGGACAAUUUGGCUCUACUUCCAGAAGACGGGGAUGCCUUCUCGGAAGUACAGGGGUAUGACUACGAGGAACCCGAUGAUCCUGCGGCAUUCAACGCUUCGCCACCGCCAGAGCCUGCAACCACCGGGUCGCAAGAAGUCGCGAGCCGUGAGGACGACGCCGAGGUCCUCGUCGAGAAUGCGGGGGUCGGAGUAGCGGAGCAGGGUGCCCACGGCAUCGCGUCAUCAGGUGUCCCGCUCUUGCAGCACCACCACCAGGAGGAGCAGGUGUCGGCUGUGUUGGACUGGCCCUCCGGUGGCAGCGCCCCGGUGGACGAGUUCAAUACUCCGGGCUAUGUAGCUAUGGCAUUUCCGACCCUUUUCCCCACAGGUGCAGCUGAUUUAAGUCUCGACCGGCAGUACCGUGUUACUCCGAGGCAGUACUUCAAACACCUGCUGGAGUACAAGGAUGGCCGGUUUGCCAACGACCCUCGCUUCCGCUUCUUCGCGUUCAAUACAGUGACGCGGCACGAGGCUCUGCGGGCCGGCAGCCUCUUCGUGAGGAGGAACGAGGCGCUGCAGGGCAGAACGGUCGGCGAGCUCCGCGAGAUGGUGGCAGCUAGGCCAGCACUCACACGGGAGAUCAUGUUUUAUGGCGCUAAAUUGCACGGCACGCGUCAGUACUGGGGGGCGCGCCUUAGCGAGUUGCUGGACAUGGUUAACGAGCUUGGACUGCCUACUCUGUUUGUUACUCUCUCCGCUGCAGAUCUUCACUGGCCGGACCUGUUUCGUCUCAUUCUAGAGCAGCAACACGUCCCUCUCUCCGACGAGGAACGCGUGUCGCUUGACGAGUUGACAGAGGAGCAGCGGCGAAACUUCAUUGCAGACCAGCCAUUUGUCCCAAGCAUGUUUUUCAUUAAAAGGGCAGAGUAUUUCCUACUCAAAAUUUUUAAAUUGAUGUAUCCCUUAAAGGACUUCUGGUGGCGGUUCGAGUGGCAGUUCCGUGGAAGCCCACAUGUUCAUGCUCUUCUUUACCUUGAGGGUGCUCCAGAUGUGACGCGCCUCAAGGAGAUGACCCCGGAAGAGUUUGCUGACGUCGUCGCCUACUUCGACCGCAUCGUCAGCGCGUGGAACUGCGGCCUGGGUCUCCCCAACUCGGCCGUGCACCCAUGCCGGAAGCGCACCAGCGAUGUCGCCCCUGAGGACCGUGAGCGCCACCUGGGAGAGAUCCUGAACCGUGUGCAGCGGCACACUCGCUGCUCUGAGGGCUACUGCUUGCGUCGCAAGAGACCGGGCCAGCCUCUAGAGUGUAGAUUUAAGUUCCCCUUCCCCCUCUCUGACGAGACUCAGAUCGUGUUUGACGACAAGGGCGAGCCCCAAUUCGUCCCGCGCCGAAAUGACCCUCUUCUUAACGGUCACAUAAUACCAGCCAUUCUUGCGUGGAUUGGGAACAUGGAUGGUAAGCCGAUCCUUUCCAAACAGGCCUUUGCAAAUUACCUUGCGAAAUACGCUGCAAAGGGAGAGAAAAAGUCCAUGGGCAUGCAAGAACUUUUUCAAGAUGCGAUGAAGGAUCUGAGGGAUGAUGAAAGUGCGCGCAAGGCCAUCCAAAGACGUUGCGUUCAGUCCAUCAGCGAAAGGGACUAUUCUUCGCAGGAGAUCCUUCACCUAGCAACGAGCCAAAAGCUGUGGCAUUGCUCUAGGCAGCCUACUGGAGACGCUGACUCUCAGGACGAAGUAGACGAUCCUGACGACGGCCCGCUCGCUGAAGAGGGUGGUGAGCAGGGCGAGACCGGCGGAGAGUCAAACUCUGACCAGGGCGCUCCCAGAGGGUCUGUACUCGAGCGCUAUCCAAAACGGCCACGUCUCCUGGAGGAGGUAACGCUAUGGUCCUUUGCUCGUGACUACAGAUACAACCGAGCAACCAAGCGGUAA